AUGCAAAACUCACUUGUUAAUAAUGAUAAUUUAUUUUAUAAUAAAAUAUGGAAGAAUAUUGUUAUUAGAAAUAAAAUUAUUAAAUAUAUAUCAAUUGGUAAUAAUAGAUUUGGUAUUAUUAAAUUUGAAAAAGUAAUAUCAGCAUUGUUUUUAAUUGAAAAUGGUUAUUUUCAACAAUUAAAGGAUAAAAUCAAAAAUUCUGAAUAUUUAGUUUUAAAUGGUAUUGGUAAUGAUAAAAAUGAAUGGCCACAUAGUGUUUAUUGUAAAAGUAGUAAUAACACUACUAUUUAUUCAAAAAAUUUAUUAUUAAAUAAGAAUUGUAUAUUUAAUAAAGAAAAAGCAGCAAUUCAUUGGGAUUUAAAUUUUUAUAUAGAUUUAUUUAAAAAUUAUUCAAGUUAUUAUUUAAAAUCAAAUAUUCAAGAAACUGAAAAUCUUUUAAUUGAUUACGAUAAUGAGUUAGCAUUAAAAGUUCUACAUGAAAACUUUAAUCAUAAAUUACAAAUUGAAUUAUUCUUUAAGUCAUUUAUAAUUGGAUCAUAUGAAUGCGCAUUUUAUUUAUUUAAUCAAUUAAAAAUUAUAAAAUCAAAUUCAUUAAUAAUUAAAAUUUGGAAUUUAUUAUAUCAAGAUAUUGAAAAUUCAAUAGAAUUAAAUAGUAGUAGUAGUACAUCAAUAUCAAUUCAAGAUAGUGAAAAUGAACAUUUAAGAAUAAAUGAAAAAUUUAAUUUUUUAUUAAACAAAUUAAAAUUACCAUUACCAAAUAAUCAAAUACCAACACCAUACAUAUUUAAUAUUAAAAUUUAUCAAUCAAAAUUAUCAACAGUAUUAGAAUCUGUUAAAAUUAUAAUUAAAAUUAAAUCAUUAUUUAAUAAAUUUAUAAAAUCGGUAAAUGAUAAAUCUUAUAAAUUAAAAAAUACAACAAUUAAUAAUUUAACAUUUUUAAAAGAAUUUGAAAAAGUAAUAAAUAAUUUUGAAAUUAAUUUAUUAGAAUUAAAUGAAAUAGAAAAUAUGAAAUUUUCAAAAAAUGAUUUAUUAAAAAAUAUUAUGGAUAUUAAUUUAAAUGAAAACGAAAAUGUUUUAAAAAUUUAUAAUUUAUUAUUACCAUUUACAAAUCAUUUUAAUUGUUAUUUAGAGAAUUUAAAUUAUAUUAAUAUUAAAUAUAAAAAUGAUUAUCAAUAUUAUUCAACAUUAUUAUUAUUAAUUGAAAAUUCAACAAUAAAAACAAAAUCUAUAAAUUUAAAAAUGUUUGGUCAAUAUCAAUUUCAUGAUUUGUUAGAAAUGGGUCACUCUGAUGAUAGUUUAUUUAAAUUUUGUAAAAAUGAUGAAAUUGUUAAAAUAAACUAUAUAAAUAAUGUUUUGGUAGAUUUAAAAUCACAAAAUCAACCAAAUUCAAUAUUAAUAAUUGAGAAAUUAAUGUCAAGUUUUAUAAAUGAAAAUAAUUUACAAUUUUCAAGAUUAAUAAUAAAUCAACUUUUAAAUAAUGAUGAUUAUUUAAAUGUUGUAUCAUUAAUGGAUAAGGAAACCAUUAGAUUACGUUUAAAAAGGAUAUUCAUAUCAAUGGUGAAAUCAAUUGAAAUGUUUGAUUUAUUAUAUAAAGAGAUAAUAAUAAAUGACCAAGAAUUAAAUCAACAAUUAUCAAAUUCAAUUUUAAAAAUUUUAAUAAAUAAUAAUAAAUCAAUAAUUUUUGAACAUUUUAAAAAAAACUAUUCAUUAGAAUAUUAUUCAUCAAUUGAACAAUUGGAUUUGGUUAAUAAUGGUGGUGUAAGUUUUGAUGUUUAUAAAUUCGUUUAUGAUAAUAUAGAUGAUUUCAUUUCAAAUUAUUCAAUGAUUAAUGUUUGGAGUGUUUCAAAUUUAACUUUAUCAAUUGAUCAAUUCAUUUAUUUAAUUCAACGUACUCCAAAAAAUAAAAAUUAUCAUUGUUUUAAUAAUGUUUUAUUUUUUAAUUAUAUUGUUUUAAAUUUACCAAAUGAUAUUGAAAUUGGAAAAUGUCAACUUGAUACAUUUAAUAAAGAUCUAUUCAACUAUUUUAAAAUAAUAAUAAAUAAUAAUAAUAAUAAUAAUAAUAAUAAUAAUAAUAAUAAUAAUAAUAAUAAUAAUAAUAAUAAUAAUAAUAAUAAUCAAAAUGAAUUAAUUGAAUUCAUUGAUAAAUUAAAUGUACAAUAUUAUGUUUUUAAAAAUAGUUCAAUUUAUAAAAUAGUUCAAUAUGAUUGUUUAAGAUAUGGUAAUACUGAAUUAAUAGAUUUAAUUAUAGUUUUAUAUAAAAGAUUUGAAAAUUCAAAGUAUUGGGACUUAUUAAGAAAUAUAGUUUCAUCAAUUUGUGAAAUUGGACAAUUGAAUCUCUUUAAAUAUAUAAUAUCAAAUUUUAAUCAAGAUUCAUUUAUAUUGGAAAAUGAAGAAUAUAAUACUUUAUUUAGAAUGGGUCAUAUAGAAUUUUUAGAAUAUUCUUUAAAUUUAUUUAAACCAAUUGAAAAGAUUAAAAUUCAUUAUUUUAAUAAUAAUAUUUUUUGUUUAAAUCAUUUUAAAUAUUCUAAAAAUAAAUAUUUAGAUUUAUCGAAUUUAAAACUAAAUAAAAAUAAAAGUUAA